UGAUCUACGGCUCGUGGUGGUUCCGUCUUGUCUGUGAUUUUUGUUUCUGGUUGUUAGUGGACAGGUCUGAGGGACGAUAGUUCUUUGGAUGGGAUUACGAUCUGCGUUCAACCACCCACACUUCCUGAUUACGAUCGGGAUGUGAUGAUCUACGGCUCGUGGUGGUUCUGUCCUGACUCUAGUCUUAUGCCACUUCCCAAAGAGUACUGUUUUCUUUUAGCUGUUACUAAUGCCAUCAUACUACUUAAUAGAAUGAAAAGAAAUCACAGUUAGUUAAAGAUUUUUGGGAAGGUGCUAUUUCAUCGCAAAAACGGAAAGUUGCAACGAUACACGAACGAACUGCUUUGAUGGAAGAACAUACCACGGGGGUUGCAAAUUCAGUUUUCCAACAGGAUCAAGUUGUAAGAGAGAAGUAUAUGAGACGUCUAAAUAAUACAGACUUUCUGGAAGGCGAAAAUCACUCUGCUUUAGCAUCAGAAGAUCCAAAAAAAGAAAAUUCCAAAAAACGACCAGCCGAAGAAGCUCCAUCGAUCAUCACACCUGCCCCCAACCUUCGCGGUCGUUCUCCCCCUCCAUCCUAUAAAAGUGUAGAUAAUUCUUUUGACGCCGAAGCAUCAACUCCCUCUCCAUCAAACGGCCAUGACGUGUCGGAUACAGGGAUUCAUGAAGACGAAGUUGAAAAUCCUUUCAUCACAAAUUAUGAAGAGGGAUCAAGGAACAAUAAUAAGUUUAAGACAAUUCUAUCAUGGCAACAUGCCAUAAACCGUAUUUAUAUAAAUGAUGCUUCUAAAAAUGACUGGGUGGCAGAUGGUCACAACAUUUCUCUUGAUUUCCGUGAAUUUCAAUUGACAUCGAUAAACCUAUUAGAAACCAAUCAAACUUUUUCGUACGCAAAAGAUAUAGAUCGGAUACUGUGUCUGUCGUCUAUAAUGUAUUGUAAUGAAGUCAAACCAGAAUUCGUAACAUGUUCCGAAAAAGUAUGGAAUAAAAUUCGGCCAAGACCCUUAGUUCCAAAGAUGUUGCCAUCUGUUGUGCAGUUAAUAAUAAUUGAAUAUAAUAUGUUUUUAAACGACAAACAGUUAUUGGACAUAAAAUGGCAUGAAAAUUGGGUCAAAUGGAGUACAUUAUCAACAGAUGAGGAUAAAUCCAUCUUCGAUUGUGCGCAAGAAGUCACGAAAAAUUUUUUUACAUAUCUGUCUUCAGUGAGUUUCGAUGAGGAUAAAAAACUGGACGAAGAUACCUUCGUACACCGAUAAUGUCAUAGAAUUCUCGAAGAAA